UUUGAUCUUUAUAGAGGCAGUCUAAAAGUGACUUAUGCAUAUCUCUCCUAAAAAAGUGAGAAAGUAAUUGUAUAUUUUAAAGAGAUUAUAGUUGUAGGUAAGAAGCUGAAUAGUCUCUAAUUUUAGAACUACUUUGAUAAUGGCAUAAUAUAUACACUUUUUUUAUCUUAAUGUAUGUGUUUAUAGACAUUUACCAAACAUGCUGGUAAUCUCUAGAUCUGAGUGCUGUCUCUCCUCUUGUAAUCAUUGUGUCGUGGGACUCCGAAGUCCUAAUAAUGUAAAACAGUAUUUUAAAAUUAUACUUAACCUUAGAUAUGCCAAAUGUUUUUGUUGUUUUGAGGCAUAAGGCAUGCAUUCAUAAUAGUUAAACUUAAAAGUUAUUUAAUGUAGCAUUUACUGUGUGGCACAGUUAUACUGAAGAGAGAAUUUUUUUGUUAAUGUGAUAGGUUUUAUGAUCUUUUUUUUUUUAUACUGAAGUUCUAUGCUACAUCUUAGUAAGUUACACUUUAGUUAGGUGGAAAGAAACUCUGUGUAUUUGGUCUUCAUUUUAACAAAAUCCUCAGAAAAUUUCUAAAACUCUUACUGUUGUUGACUGUAUCACUUCCAUUAUGUUGACAUAAUGUGCAUAUGUACCUUUAUGGUGUGUGUCCUUUUUGCUCUAAUACAUAUUAAUAGGGAUGUCAAGUGAUUAAAACAAAAUAAUUGCACGAUUAAAAAAAAUUAAUCACACGAUUAAACGCAUGUUAAACAGCAAUAGAAUACCAUUUAUUUAAAUAUUUUUGGAUGUUUUCUACAUUUUCUAAUAUAUUGAUUUCGACUGCAACACAGAAUGCAAAGUGUACAAUGCUCACUUUAUAUAUUUAUUACAAAUAUUUGCACUGUAAAAAACAAAAUAAAUAGAAUUUUUCAGUUCACCUCAUACAAGUACUAUAGUGUAAUCUCUUUGUAAUGGAAGUUGAACUUAGAAAUGUAGAAUUAUGUACAAAAAAUAAAUGCAUUGAGAAAUAAAACAAUGUAAAACUUUAAAACCUACAAGUCCACUCAGUCCUACUUCAGCCAAUCGCUCAGACAAACAAGUUUGGUUACAAUUUUCAGGAGGUAAUGCUGCCCACAUCUUGUUUACAAUGUCACCUAAAAGUGAAAACAGACGUUCACAUGGCACUGUUGUAGCCGACAUUGCAAGAUAUUUAUGUGCCAGAUGCCCUGAAGAUUCAUAUGUGCCUUAAUGCUUCAACCACCAUUCCAGAAGGCAUGUGUCCAUGCUGAUGACGGAUUCCGUUCAAUAACGAUCCAAAGCAGAGCGAACUGACGCAUGUUCAUUUUCAUCAUCUGAGUCAAAUGCUACCAGCAGAAGGUUGAUUUUCUUUUCUGGUGGUUAGGGUUCUGUAGUUUCCUCAUCGGGAUGUUGCUCUUUUAAGACAUCUGAAAGCAUGCUUCACACCUCUCCCCUCUCAGAUUUUGGAAGGCACUUCAGAUUCUUAAACCUUGGGUCGAGUGCUAUAUCUAUCCUUAGAAAUCUCACAUUGGUACCUUCUUUGCGUUUUGUGAAAUCUGCAGUGAAAGUGUUCUUAAAACGAACAUGUCUUGAGUCAUCAUCCGAGACUGCUAUAACAUGAAAUAUAUGGCAGAAUGUGGGUAAAACAGAACAGGAGACAUACAGUUCUCCCCCAAGGAGUUCAGUCACAAAUUUAAUUAAUGUAUUUUUUUUUUUAACAAGCAUCAUCAGCAUGGAAGCAUGUCCUCUGGAAUGGUGGCCAAAGUAUGAAGGGGCAUAUGGACGUUUAGCAUAUCUGGCACAUAAAUACCUUGUGUCAUAAAUAUAAAGGGAAGGGUAAACCCCUUUAAGAUCCCUCCUGGCCAGAGGAAAACUCCUCUCACCUGUAAAGGGAUAAGAAGCUAAAGGUAACCUCGCUGGCAACUGACCAAAAUGACCAAUGAGGAGACAAGAUACUUUCAAAAGCUGGGAGGAGGGAGAGAAACAAAGGGGUCUCUGUCUAUAUGCUGCAUUUGCUGGGGAUAGAACAGGAAUGGAGUCUUAGAACUUUUAGUAAGUAAUCUAGCUAGGUAUGCGUUAGAUUAUGAUUUCUUUAAAUGGCUGAGAAAAGAAUUGUGCUGAAUAGAAUGACUAUUUCUGUCUGUGUGUCUUUUUUGUAACUUAAGGUUUUGCCUAGAGGGAUUCUCUAUGUUUUGAAUCUAAUACCCUGUAAGGUACCUACGAUCCUGAUUUUACAGGGUGAUUCCUUUACUCCUAUUUAUUUCUAUUUCUAUUAAAAGUCUUCUUGUAAGAAAAUUGAAUGCUUUUUCAUUGUUCUCAGAUCCAAGGGUUUGGGUCUGUGGUCACCUAUGCCAAUUGUUGAGGAUUUUUACCAAACCUUUCCCAGGAAGUGGGGUGCAAGGGUUGGGAGGAUUUUGGGGGGAAAGACGUGUCCAAACUACGUUUCCCAGUAAACCCAGUUAGAGUUUGGUGGUGGCAGUGGUUAUUCCAAAGAUAAAAGUAAUUUGUACCUUGGGGAAGUUUUAACCUAAGCUGGUAAAAGUAAGCUUAGGAGGUUUUCAUGCAGGACCCCACAUCUGUACCCUAGAGUUCAGAGUGGGGGAGGAACCUUGACACCUUGCAAUGCCAGCCUCAAAAGUGCCAGGCUGUUCUCACUUUCAGGUGACACUGUAAAUAAGCCCUGGUCUACAGUAGGACUUUAGGUCGAAUUUAGCAGCGUUAAAUUGAUGUAAACCUACACCCGUCCACACGAUGAAGCCCUUUAUUUCGACUUAAGGGGCUCUUAAAAUCUGUUUCCGUACUCCACCCCUGACAAGUGGAUUAGCGCUUAAAUCGGCCUUGCCGGGUCGAAUUUGGGGUACUGUGGACACAUUUCGACGGUAUUGGGCUCCGGGACCUAUCCCAGAGUGCUCCAUUGUGACCGCUCUGUACAGCACUCUCAACUCAGAUGCACUGGCCAGGUAGACAGGAAAAGAACUGCGAACUUGUGAAUCUCAUUCCCUGUUUGGCCAGCGUGGCAAGCUGCAGGUGACCAUGCAGAGCUCAUCAGCAGAGGUGACCAUGAUGGAGUCCCAGAAUCGCAAAAGGGCUCCAGCAUGGACUGAAUGGGAGGUACGCGAUCUGAUCGCUGUAUGGGGAGAGGAAUCCGUGCUAUCAGAACUCCGUUCCAGUUUUCAAAAUGCCAAAACCUUUGUCAAAAUCUCCCAAAGCAUGAAGGACAGAAGCCAUAACAGGGAUCCGAAGCAGUGCCGUGUGAAACUUAAGGACCUGAGGCACGCCUACCAGAAAACCAGAUGGGCGAACGGCCGCUCCGGGUCAGAGCCCCAAACAUGCCGCUUCUAUGAUGAGCUGCAUGCCAUUUUAGGGGGUUCAGCCACCACUACCCUAGCCGUGUUGUUUGACUCCUUCAAUGGAGAUAGAGGCAACACGGAAGCAGGUUUUGGGGAUGAGGAAGAUGAGGAUGAUGAGGUUGUAGAUAGCUCACAGCAAGCAAGUGGAGAAACCGGUUUUCCCGACAGCCAGGAACUGUUUCUCACCCUGGACCUGGAGCCAGUACCCCCCAAAUCCACCCAAGGCUGCCUCCUGGACCCGGCAGGCGGAGAAGGGACCUCCGCUGCAUGUGUUUCAAUGAUCACAGGAUUUUCUCCUUCCCAGAGGCUAGUGAAGAUUAGAAAGAAAAAAAAAACGCACUCGUGAUGAAAUGUUCUCUGAGCUCGUGCUGUCCUCCCACACUGACAGAGCACAGACAAAUGCAUGGAGGCAAAUAAUGUCAGAGUGGAGGAAAGCACAAAAUGACUGGGAGGAGAGGUGGCGGGCUGAAGAGAGUAAGUGGCGGGCUGAAGACAGGGCUGAAGCUCAAAUGUGGCGGCAGCGUGAUGAGAGGAUGCAGGAUUCAAUGCUGAGGCUGCUGGAGGAUCAAACCAGUAUGCUCCAGUGUAUGGUUGAGCUGCAGCAAAGGUAGCUGGAGCACAGACUGCCACUACAGCCCCUGUGUAACCAAUCGCCCUCCUCCCCAAGUUCCAUAGCCUCCACACCCAGAUGCCCAAGAACGCGGUGGGGGGGCCACUGGCCAACCAGCCACUCCGCCACAGAGGAUUGCUCAAAAAAAAGAAGGCUGGCAUUCAAUAAAUUUUAAAGUUGUAAACUUUAAAAGUGCUGUGUGGCAUUUUCCUUCCCUCCUCACCACCCCUCCUGGGCUACCUUGGUAGUCAUCCCCCUAUUUGUGUGAUGAAUGAAUAAAGAAUGCAUGAAUGUGAAGCAACAAUGACUUUAUUGCCUCUGCAAGCAAUGAGUAAAGGGAGGAGGGGAGGGUGGUUAGCUUGCAGGGAAGUAGAGUGAACCAAGGGGUGGGGGGUUUCAUCAAGGAGAAACAAACAGAACUGUCAUACCAUAGCCUGGCCAGUCAUGAAACUGGUUUUCAAAGCUUCUCUGAUGCGUACUGCGCCCUCCUGUGCUCUUCUAGCCGCCCUGGUGUCUGGCUGCGCAUAACCAGCAGCCAGGCGAUUUGCCUCAACCUCCCACCCCGCCAUAAACGUCUCCCCCUUAUUCUCACAGAUAUUGUGGAGUACACAGCAAGCAGUAAUAACAGUGGGAAUAUUGGUUUCGCUGAGGUCUAAGCAAGUGAGUAAACUGCGCCAGCGUGCCUUUAAACGUCCAAAUGCACAUUCUACCACCAUUCUGCACUUGC